UUCAGAGCCUCCCUGAUGUAUAUAUGCAGGUAGUGAGAUUUGAAACGGCCCUUUGAGAUGGUAAUAUAAUAAAACUGACUUGAGGAGUGGCACCUCUUCUCCGUUUCUAUUCUUUUGUGGGAAUGAGUUGCCAACCUUUUACUUCGACUGAUACCUUUAUACCUCUGAAUUCUGAGUCUUCUGCAACUCUGCCUCUGAUAAUGCAUCCCAGUGCUGCGGAGUGCCUACCGGUCUCCAACCACGCCACCAACGUGAUGUCCACAGCAACAGGACUUCAUUAUUCUGUCCCUUCCUGUCAUUAUGGAAACCAGUCAUCCACCUAUGGCGUGAUGGCAGGGAGCUUAACCCCUUGUCUUUAUAAGUUUCCUGACCACACGUUGAGUCAUGGUUUUCCUCCCAUGCAUCAGCCUCUCCUUUCAGAGGACCUCACUGCCGCUGAUUUCAAGCAGGAGCUCAGGCGGAAAAGCAAAUUGGUUGAAGAGCCAAUAGACAUGGAUUCUCCAGAAAUCCGAGAACUUGAAAAGUUUGCCAAUGAGUUUAAAGUGAGAAGAAUUAAGCUAGGAUACACCCAGACAAAUGUCGGGGAAGCUCUGGCAGCUGUGCAUGGCUCUGAAUUCAGUCAAACAACUAUCUGCCGAUUUGAAAAUCUGCAGCUCAGCUUCAAAAAUGCAUGCAAACUAAAAGCAAUAUUAUCCAAAUGGCUGGAGGAAGCCGAGCAAGUAGGAGCUUUAUACAAUGAGAAAGUUGGUGCAAAUGAAAGAAAAAGGAAACGGAGAACAACAAUCAGUAUUGCUGCUAAAGACGCCCUGGAGAGACACUUUGGAGAACAGAAUAAGCCUUCCUCUCAGGAGAUCCUGCGGAUGGCUGAAGAACUAAACCUGGAGAAAGAAGUGGUGAGGGUUUGGUUUUGUAACCGAAGGCAGAGAGAAAAACGGGUGAAGACAAGCCUGAAUCAGAGUUUAUUUACUAUUUCUAAGGAGCAUCUCGAAUGCAGAUAGGCUCUCCUAUUGUGUAAUAGCGAGUUUUUCUACUUUUCAUUCCUUUCUCUUCUCCAGCCAAAAUAGAAAUUAGUUAUUUGGUUAGCUUCAAAAAAUCACAUCAGUAAUUUUUGCAGAAGUGUUUCUUUUCUACUUUAAAAAUAAAUACAAUUUAAAUUAUGUUGAUGAAUUAUUCUCAGAAGGCACACUGUACAUUUUAAGCCAAAGACUAAUAGGAUUAAAACAAUGAUACUGUCCCUCUCACUAUAUCUUUCCCUCUAUCUCUCCCUAACACACACACACACACACACACACACACACACGAGUAUGCACAUGUGCUCUUUUAGUUUAAAGAUUCUUUUCCCAAAGGCUGUAUAUCUGCUUUUUAAUAUUUUAG